AUGAGGACCACCAACGAAUGUUGUAUGCUGGUUGCCGCGUGUUGUGCAUGCAUCACUUUUAUUUUGGCAUCAUCUUCAGACAAUGCGCAGACAACUAGUCAGGAGCCGUUGGGCACAAGCCGGGAACCGUUGGGCGCAAGUCAGGAGCCGUUGGGCGCAAGUCAGGAACCGCUGGGCACAAGUCAGGAACCGCUGGUCACAAAAACUCAGGUACCGCUGGGCACAACGAGUGGCUUGAAACUGAGCUUGGAUGACAGACACAGAGCAGAGAUCAAGUGUAUAAUAUACAACCAGUUAUCUUCCAAAAGAUGUGAAGAUUCAGUUAGGGGACAAACGUCAGAUAAUGAUGACCUAAGCAAAGGCUGUGCAAAACUGGAAUCGUUCAAAAAUCUCGUCGCUUCUGUGGGAUGCACACAAGAAGAUUAUGAUAAGCUCCAUGUUGUAAUUUGCACAUGGAAUGGGAAAAACACUUGCAUCAACUAUCACAAUAUGCAGGUGGAUAAAAUCACAGAAAUUGAACACAAUCUGAGUGCGUCUUGCAGCAAAGCUGUUUUGAAAGACGUAAAAAGUGAGGAUCCUUCUGAAUACUGUGUCAAACUGACAAAUGCGAAGGAGGGUUUUAUUUCCAAGCAGUUAUGUACGUCUUCAGAACUUGCCUCUUUGGAGAAGUUUGCGUGCUGUGUAGGAGAAGUGUGCGUCUUAGACAUAGAUAUUAGCACACGGAGGGGCCAAGUCGAGCUGGCUAUUAGGAAGACCACAACCCAGUGUUCAAAAACAAUAAUGGUGGCUCUGUCGGAACUGUCAAAGCCCGCGACUGAAGCUUGCCCAGCCCUGGAAGCAACUAAGCCGGCUCUUCUGACCGAUCUCGUCUGUACUGACCAAGACUACAUAGACCUGGAGAAGGUUGUGUGUGUUUCAGAAGUUAACUGCUCCAUAGAUAGCACAGCUAGCGCUUGUACUACAACCACUCCUGACCCUUUAGCUAACGAAAGAGAACAACGGGAUCGCAUUCAGAAAGUCAUUGCAGAGGAAAUCCAGGAGCAUUGUCAAAGUUUUAUGCUGGAAGAAGUCGGCAAGUCCGUUAAUGAUCCUUUGGAGAAAACUUGCGCCAAUUUCCUGGACAACCGGGGGUUCAUUGUCGAGGGUGGGCAGUGUUCGGCUGAAGAUUAUGACAAACUCAAGUUUGUCAUUUGUGGUUCGACCCAGCUGUUGUUUGGGAAGGCAGUUCUCCUUCUGGCCAGCUGCUUGGUCAUACUGCAUCAAUUGCUGCUCUAA